UAGCUGCCCAUCUUCCACCAUCAAGUCCUUUUUGUUCCUCCUUUCUCCCCAUCCCCGGAUAGUAUCUGCUUUUGUCUUUUAUCUUUUUCCUUUUUGUUUUUCCUUUUGUCUUUUCCUUUUGUCAGUUUCCUUCUGUUCAUCUCAUUCUCAACUUACAUCCACCCACCUUCCACCCGCCACCUCUUCUUUUUUUUUCGUUUGGAACCCAAUAUCGCCGAACCCCUUUCGACAUAUCCGCACGUCAACGGCCGCAAUAAUGCAGCUCACCCAGCUCUCGCUCACCCAGGUCCUCGUGGCCAGCCUUUUGGUCACCUCCGCCGCCGGCGCUCCCCUGCCCCUGUCGGGCGACCUCGCCGCCCGCGAUGACGUGUCCGGCCUCGAGGCCCGCGACGUCGAUGAGUUCCAGAUGCUCGAGACCCGCGACCCCAAGAUCGGCAAGUUCUUCAAGAAGGCUGGCAAGGCCCUGAAGCCCCUCGGCGAAAGCGUCAUCCAGACCGUCCUCCCGGGAGUCGAGAUCGCCAGGCGCUCCCCCGAGCCCGAGCCCAAGAUCGGCAAGUUCUUCAAGAAGGCUGGCAAGGCCCUGAAGCCCCUCGGCGAAAGCGUCAUCCAGACCGUCCUCCCGGGAGUCGAGAUCGCCAGGCGCUCCCCCGAGCCCGAGCCCAAGAUCGGCAAGUUCUUCAAGAAGGCUGGCAAGGCCCUGAAGCCCCUCGGCGAAAGCGUCAUCCAAACCGUCCUCCCGGGAGUCGAGAUCGCCAAGCGCUCCCCCGAGCCCGAGCCCAAGAUCGGCAAGUUCUUCAAGAACGUCGGCCAGAAACUCAAGAAGGAGGGCGAGAGCAUGAAGCUGAGUGGCCAGAUAGCCCUCGGAGCCCUCGGUAUCAACACCCGUGACGUUGACGAGUCUGCUGCCCUUGUCGAAGCCCGCGAUGUCGAUGAGUUCCAGAUGCUCGAAACCCGCGACCCCAAGAUCGGCAAGUUCUUCAAGAAGGCUGGCAAGGCCCUGAAGCCCCUUGGCGAAAGCGUUAUCCAGACCGUCCUCCCAGGAGUCGAGAUCGCCAAGCGCUCCCCCGAGCCCGAGCCCAAGAUCGGCAAGUUCUUCAAGAACGUCGGCCAGAAACUCAAGAAGGAGGGCGAGAUCCUGAAGAUGAGUGGCCAGAUGGCCCUCGGGGCCGUCGGUAUCACCGCCCGUGACGUUGACGAGUCUGCUGCCCCUGUCGAGGCUCGCGACUUCGAUGAGCACUGGGAGUAAAUUUCCCAGCGGACUGUUAGCCGAGUCGCUCUGGCCGCCAAGCCACCUUUUCUGCUCGUCUUUGUUUUUUGGUUUGUUUUGACCAGGAUUGGUGAAAGUGAUGUCCGGUUUAGGGGGUGGCGGGUUGGUUGUGGUCAAUGGAUGUUUUUAUAGCUUUGGUUUGAUCUUAGUUUUCAAAGGCUCCUACUUCUAGCAUUAGCCUCAAGGUCAAUUCAAUCUCUUGAGAACGAGCAUAAA